AGAGGACGUUAUUGCACAAUCUGUUGCACGAUGUUCGGAAGCACGAUAAGGAUCGGAACCAUAAACAGCCGUCAACCGUGGCGGCCAUUGCGAGCCGGAAAUCUCUCGUCGUUGAUGUACCCUAACUUCGUUUUCUCGCUGACACUCGGACUCUUUCCUUACAAGAGCAAUCCCACGGGAUACGUGUUCACGAAAAUGCGAUUCGUUUGGUCGAUGAUCACGCAACUGGUCUACGUAGUACUAUUGGCGUUUGCACUGUACGACAUAAACGUGAACCUCAACAAUAGCACGGUCGAGGUGAUCGACCUGAACGCGUUCAUGAUCUCGGAGGGAUUGAUGAUACUGGUGAUGCAUGGUUUGGCGUACCAGAGGUUUCAUUUGCUGGAAAAAUUGGGCAAGCUCACGCGGAUGCUAUCCGAGCAGGACUUCGAGAACAUGGCGAAGUUCGUGCACACGAAGGACAUCUUCGGCAUCAUCUUCCUCAUCCUGCACCUGCCGAACUGUAUCGUUGGUUUGAACCAGGCGACCUUGAGUUGUCUAACGAUUUUAUACGUGCUGUUGGUGUACCUGGCCCUGGACAUGACCUACGUGAACUGUGUCUACGUAUUGAGAGCGUGCUUCGUCAAAAUCAACGAGAACUUGAAGCAGUUGAACGAACACAAAAAACCAUUGCUGGCCAGUGUGUCCUCGCAAAGAGGACGAAGUUUCCUGUUGCUGGUGAAGCUGAAACACUACGAGGAGCUGCACCAGGAGACCAGCGAUGCUGUCCAGUACUUGAAUAAGGCAUUUCUCUUUAGGAUCAUCGUCGCGACGAUCGUCACGUUCACUGUGGUUACAUUCAAUUUGUACUUUGCUAUCCUGUUUCACAGCACCGGGGUUAAGCAGUAUAAGUUUAAGAGGGUGUUUUUCUUCCCGCAUAUCGAAGCAAUGACGUUUUAUCUCGGUAAGUUCGCGAUGAUGAUUAUGAUGUGCGAGUCCGCGAAGAAGAAGGCUCAGGAAAUUUGUACAACGGUUCACGAGAUCCUUAGCAAGUGCACCGACGAAAAGGUCAGGCAUGAGGUAAUUGAUCAAGUCUUUGCGGCUUCCGUGAAACGUUAGUUUGUCUCUUGGAAUAAAUUGAGAUUUAAUUGGUCAUUGUAGGGCAACGUAGCACCUCGAAGAUUUGCCGGAUCAAACAUUUGCAAGCGAGAAAAUCAAAAUUGUCUGUAUCGAUCGCAAGGUACAGAAACUGCGUAAAUUGUUGUUUCUUUUCCUUGCGAGAAGAUUCGAUCAAUUAAAUAAAUUUAUUGCAAAGAAUUUAUUUCUGGACGACCUAAUGCUAGAAAGUUUGUGGCGUGGACGUGACAUUAUUAUAAUGAUAUUCGGUAACUAGAAAAACAAUUCGGUAACUAACAGGUGUGAUUUUCCAGCUGAGAAUGUUUGCAUUGCAUGUGUUACAUCGGGAUAACAGGUUUUGCGCAAAAGCAAUUACGAUGGAUGCGAGACUCUUAACGCAGAUUGUUGGCGGAAUUGCAAUGUACAUGUUGAUACUGUUCCAAUUUCGAAUAAAUGACGCCACCUGUAGAAAUCCUAAGCAUGUCGAUGUAUAAUGUCACGCUGUAUGUGAAUAGAAUCUAACAUAGUGCAAUAAAUAAACGAAGAAUUGCCGUCA